AUGAAACUCUUCCAAAACCUCUCCAAAUCAAUAAAACCCAAAACCCCAUUUUCCAUUUUCACCAAAAACCUCUCUACCUUUCCCCCAGACUCCAAGAACAUCACAAAUGACCUCAUUUCCAUCUUCACCAAACAACCCUUUUGCCCAAACAACCCUGCAUUGGAGAGUCUUGCACCAUUACUAAACAAUAAAAUUGUUGAAACCGUUUUGAAUGGUCUCAAGAACUGGAAGACAGCUCUAAUUUUUUUUACUUGGGCUUCAAAUCAAGGUCCAUAUAAGCACAAUAUAUACACCUAUAAUGCCAUGGCUUCAAUUCUAUCACGUGCUCGACAAAAUGCCCCAAUGAGGGCUUUAUAUAUGAAUGUUGUGACUUCCCGGUGCUCGAUGACGCCUGGGGCCUUGGGUUUCUUGAUUAGGUGUUUGGGUAGUGCAGGGUUGGUUGUUGAAGCUAAUUUGUUGUUUGAUCAAGUUCAAAAGAUGGGUCUUUGCAUGCCGAAUAGUUAUAGCUAUAAUUGUCUGUUAGAGGUUCUUUCCAAGUCUAAUUAUAUUGAUUUGGUUGAGAUGAGAUUGAUCGAAAUGAGUGAUCGCGGGUGGGAUUUUGAUAAGUAUACUUUGACACCGGUGUUGCAGGUUUAUUGUAAUGCUGCGAAGUUUGAUAAAGCUUUAGAUGUUUUUAAUGAGAUUCAUGAUCGUGGUUGGGUUGACGAGUAUGUGUUUUCUAUCUUGGUGUUGGCUUUUAGCAGGUGGAGUAAGGUGGAUAAGGCAUGUGAGUUGAUUGAAACAAUGGAAGAUCGAAAUGUCAGAUUGAAUAAGAAGACAUUUUGUUCUUUGAUUCAUGGAUUCGUAAAGGAGUCUAGAGUGGAUAAGGGCCUACAAUUGUUUGAUAAGAUGAAGAAAUAUGGUUUUGCUCCUGAUAUUUCCCUUUAUGAUGUGCUAAUUGGAGGGCUGUGUGAGAAUAACGAUGUUAAGGAAGCUUUGUGUUUGUAUUCUGAAAUGAAGGGAUUUAAAAUCCAGCCUGAUGUGAGAAUUGUUACUAAGCUCAUAUCUUCUUUUUCUAAAGAAGAAGAAUUAACUUGCUUUUUAAAGGAAAUGCAUCAAGAUAUGGAUCCAAAAGCUUUGACUUUGCUUUACAAUUCUGUUCUGAAUUCUCUUGUGGAUAAUGGUUCUGUACAUAAAGCAUACCAUCUUCUUCAGACAGUUAUGGGAGGCAACUACAUUGGUGAUGAUGAGAUAGUUAAGCUGUUCACGGAUAACGAGAUGGAUCCCCCUAACAUUACCACAUUUUCUAUUGUUAUUAAUGGCUUGAUCAAGACUGGUGAUUUGGACUUAGCUGUUGGCCUGCUUCGAGAUAUGGCUCGAAUUGGUUGUAAACCAGAUUUGCAUCUUUAUAAUAAUUUAAUUGAUGGACUUUGCACUUCAAAUAGAUUGCAAGAAAGUUUUGGGCUUCUGCAAGAGAUGGAGGAGUCAGGGUUUGAACCAACCUCAUUCACUAACAACUGUAUAUUUGGGUGCCUAUGCAGGAGAGAGGAUAUUUCUGGAGCCCUUCAUCUACUAAAGAAGAUGCGUGUUCAUGGCCACAUGCCAUGGAUAAAACAUUCUACCUCCAUGGUAAAAGAAUUGUGCAAGCAUGGAAAGGCAGUAGAAGCUUCGAAAUUUCUUGAGGAUAUGGCUGAAGAAGGUUUCCAACCUGAUAUAGUUGCUUAUUCUGCAUGCUUAGAUGGGUUGAUCAAGAUUCAAAAAGUGGAUCCAGCUUUGAAGCUAUUUCAGUACAUAUGUGCCCGCGGUUACUGUCCUGAUGUGGUUGCUUAUAACAUAUUGAUAAAGGGGCUUUGUAAGGCCCAAAGAAUUGCGGAAGCUCAAAAACUUUUGCAUGAGAUGGAGGGGAAGGGUCUUGUUCCGUCAGUUGUUACAUACAACACACUUAUAGAUGGGUUGUGCAAAAAUGAUCAUCUUGAAGAGGCAAUGCUUUUUCUCUCCAGGAUGUUUGGAAAAGAAAGGGAGCCCAAUGUCAUUACAUACUCCACUCUAAUAGAUGGAUUGUGCAAUGCCGGAAGACCUGAUGAUGCUCUUGUGCUUUGGAAUGAAAUGGGGAGAAAAGGGUGUACUCCUACCAGUGUUGCUUACAUGGCCUUCAUCCAUGGUCUUUGUAAUUGUGGGAAACCAACUGAGGCUCUGGUUGCUCUCCGUGAGAUGGAAGAGAAAGAGAUGAAACCUGACACAUAUGUUUAUGUAGCAUUAUUAAGUGCUUUUCUUGUGGACUCAAACCAACUCUUGGCUUUUGAGGUAUUAGAAGAGAUGGUUGACAAGGGAAAAUUCCCGGAUCUGCAUGAUAAGAACCAUUUUAUUGUAAGAGAUGCAAUACUCAAAUUAUCAGAAGAUGCCAGGACUUCUUCAAACGUUAAAAAUCUCCUCACAAAAGGGAGCAUUCCAACAAUGAGCCUUUCAGAGAUAGGAAAUGAAGGAGGAUUUUAG